AUGUUGGCAACGAUAUAUAGAUUCAAGUUCAUUAAGGUGCUCACUUACAACACUGAACAGCAAGUACAACAACAACAACAACAAUAUAUCCAAUAUGAUACACAACAACAACAGCAACAACAACACCAACUAUAUCAAACACAACAACAAACAGAUGGAUCAUACUAUGGCGCAGACAAUGUAACGACAUAUGACAGUAGUCUGUACUAUCAACAACACCCUCAACAACAACAACAACAAGUGACGGAUAUAUCACAAGGUGGAUAUGUUGAUCAAUCUCAAUAUGGAGUUGUGGAUUACAAUGAUAGACUGCCUGAUACUGCUGCAUUGGUGUCGAGUACCAACGGCAACAACAACAUCAACAUCAACGCGAGCACCAACAUCACACCCAACAAGAUGGUCGACAUUGACGAGAUCAUCAAUGCCAAUGAUAGGACAUAUCUGCGAACUCGUUCUCACUUCAACCUUGAGUAUCUGGACUUUGAUCAACUAGAUGAGUACCUUGAGUCCAAAUUGCCAUUAGAGUCUGAAGACCCAAACAAUGGAUUGAACGCAGAGAAUGGUACUGGCAACCUUGAUGUCUAUCAGAAGUUCUUGCUCGAUCUACAAUCAGGUGUGACGCCAACAGCUGACAAUGAAGAGGAUGAUGACAUUGACUAUGUCCCAGAAGAGGAUGAAGAUGAUGACUAUGACACAGAUGUCGACGAGGAUGAUGAUCAUGCUGAUCACAUUGAAUCAAGUCGGAGUAUUCUAUCAAACGAGAUGGAAUCAUUGGUGAGCGACUUUAUCGAGAACAACUAUAGUGAUCCCAAUGCACAGGGAAUUGAGUACUCCAAGGUGUUCCAAGAGAUGGUCAUGAUGGCAGGCAAAUCAACAACAACAACACUCACAACAUCUCAAUGCAAUACGUCAGGCCAAUGCCAAUGGCAACGUGGUAUCAAGCGAUGCCCCAACAACUGGUGUUGA